AUGCUUCGCUUAUCAACUGCCUCCUUGGACAUCACAGAGAUUGACUGUGGGCUGCAGCUGUUUAACAAGGUUGCGGAAGCAGAGAUCACCCUGCGGAACAGUGGGAAGGUGGGAUUCACCUACGCUGUGUUAAACCCCAGCGUGGCCACUGCAGGCUGCCCACAGCCCCGUGAGCCCCUGGUCCUCCCCAGCACGGAGCAGGAAAUCCAUUUGGUGAGCAUUGGUGAAGGACCAGUUGUCUACGUGCAUCCGAGCAAGAUAAAUUUUGGCCGUAUCCAAGUCCUACAAGAUGCUUCCCGAACUCUCCACCUGUCCAACCAGACUCUCGCCCCUGCAUCCUUCCGGGUAGAGAUGUCGUUCGUUUUCCUGCACCCCACAAGAGACCAGGGUCCGUGUUUUCCCUCCUCAGCUAGUGUCUGGCUUGUCUUACAGGCUGGCAAAUGCUCACGCUGGAGGAUUGAACCACGUAAAGGAGCGAUCCCCCCCAACACCGAGCUAUCUGUGGCUGUCGUUGCAAACUUGGAUGACACCGGGAUGUUUAAUGACGAGGUGAAGGUGUUCAUAGAGCAUGGCCAUAGCUACGUCAUACCCAUCCAGGCCAUUGGCUUUGGCACCACAAUUGUUACCGACAAAGCCAUUGCUCCGGAGCUCAACUUGGGGCCACACUUCAGCACAAUUCCAUUCUGUUACCGCUUCAAGGUAACGAACAAAGGAAGACGCACCCAUUUGCUGUAUUGGACAACUGAAGGGUUUUCUACAUUUCGCCAGCGUCAUCAUCUCCCUGCCCUCACAACCACCGAGGGCAAGGAUUCCUCCCAGAACCCCAAAUCUGCCUGCCCCGUGUUUAAGCUUCGACCGCUGAGGGUGGAGCUGAUGCCAGGCAAGAGUAUGGAGAUGGUGCUGGAAGGCUUCUCCAGCACUCCACAGGUGGUGAAGGAGCGGCUGCUGUGUCAUGCCGUCGUGGGGAGCGAGGCAGGAAAGGUGCGGAUAAUGCAAGUGGACGUCACGUGUGAGUUCAUUGCUCCUGUUCUGCAAGUGUCCUCCAGGGAACUCAUUUUCCACGUGGAGAAGCAACCCAGUGAUGUCGUGACUCUUCAGUACAAGCCUCUUUCUCUAAAAAACAUCUGCCCCCUGCCACUCAGCGUUGUCUUGGCCUUAGAGGAACCUUUCUUAAUCUGCCACGCGGACCGGCAGCCCCUCCCUGCGGAUGUUCAGCCUGUGAAGCUGGAGGCAGGGGAGGAAUGUCACCUCUCCAUCAGAUUUAAUCCUGCUUGUGAGGAGGGUUUGACUAGCAGGGAGGUAGAGAAGGUUCUGAAGAUACAGUUUCUUGAGCACCCUCAUGAGGAGCAGGUCUCUGUUCGGAGAGAAGUCUACUUUCCGAGUCUCCGUAUCCAGACCACAGCCCUGGACUUUGGCUGCAUCUUGAAUGACACUGAAGCAGUGCGUUAUACUGAGAUGAGCAACUGCAGCCCACUUCCUGUGCGGUACCGCUGGUUGUUCCUGACAGACGGCCCGGCGAGCCAGAUGAGGUUCAGCCCUCCUGCAAGUCGGUGUUUCAUCACAGCGCAACCACCACAGGAGAACAUAACCCGGUCGGAAGGCUCAGCAUCUGCAGAGAGCAGCUCCAGGGAAGAGGCUGCAGAGGAGCCAGCCAAAGGCCUGGGAGCAGCAGGAGAUCCUCUCCAAAAGCCAGCAGUUGCCAACGAUUCCCUGGAAGCAAAGCCACUACCAUCCACUGCUCCAAAGGUGGAAGGUACUGAGGAGACUGGGAGCCUGCAACGGAGGCAGUUCACGCAGGCAGAGCCCGUCAGCGUGGGAAUAGAGGAGGUUUUCAACAUCCUGCCUCUGCAUGGUGUACUGCUGCCGGGUGAGAGCCAGCGGGUCAUGUUCACUUUCUUUGCCCAUGCGAACAUCGUCGCCCGCGUCAUGGCUCUGUGCAGGGUGGAGGGAGGCCCCACCUACGAGGUUGCACUGAGUGGGGAGGCUUCCCUUAUCAACUCCGUCCUGGACAACGCAGAGAUUGACUACGGCCUACAGGUACCACACGCUUGUCUUGGCAGGAGUCCUGAAACCAUCACCGGGUCGGGGUGCGGAGUCUGCACAGCAGCCGAGCCCGGUGCCAGCGGGAUGUCAGCCCCACCAGACAAGCCGCACGACAUCCUGAAGAGCUAUGCGGAAAGCCUGCUGCGGACCCAGCCAGAGGAGUGGAGGAAGUUCGAGGGCAAUGAGGAGGCUGCAGCCACGCUGGAUGAGUUCUUCCAGCAGCCGGACGUGCAGGAGUUGGUGCUGGGGCGGGAUCCCACCGGGCAGCUCCAGGCAACCACCCAUUUCCCACCCACCCUCGAGAGCAAGGCCGUCUACUUUGUGAAGAAGAAGAGGGAGAAGAUCACCCCAGAGAACUUUCAGAGUGGGGUGAUGGUGGGAGACAUCAGCCCCUCGCCGGUGGAGCAGCUCAUUACCAUGAUGGAGGAGGGGCUCAAACAUGCUAUCAGUCGCUGCCUGCCUCUCCUUGGCCCUCCUCACGUGCCCCAUCAUUUCCACCAAGCCAUCGUAGUCUCCCUCCUCCAGAGGUUUAUUCAAGCCAGUGUUCAGGUCUCGGAGGAAACCCUCCAGCUCCUGGAGACUGGGAGGAAGGUGGCGGCACUCACCAGGCAUCCCUGA